AUGGAUUUGGUCUCCUCCAUCCUCUCCACCCUCUCUCUCCCUCGUAUCUCUAUCCUCGCCCCUGACCCGUCUCUCUCUUCUCCCUCAUCCCCCUGUCCUCCCUCUCAGCAUUCUGAUGCUCUCUGUGGCAGCUGCCCAUCCUAUGGUUCUGCCCCACAGACUAACAGCCUCUGGCCCACCCUGUCUCCGUCUGGAACUGGUUUCCCUGCGUGGCCGGGACAGCCCGCCCAGGCCGCACCUUGCUGGACCGGCCAGCCAAACUCACCCUGUUGGACUGCGACACAACCAGCUCAGGUCGCCGUCCCUGCUCCUUUUUUGGUUCCCGCCCCGGUGCAAACUGUAUCACCAGCUCCAGUACCAACCACCAUAGUGCCAGCUCCAGUUCUAGCUCCAGCUCAAGCCUCAGGCCAGCCCUGCAAUCCUUGUUGGCCAGGCACCGGGUAUCAGCCUUUCCAGCCGCCAGCUCCAAUUCAAGCACAGCUGCCUGCUCCUGCCCCGGCACUGGCCCCGGCUCCGGCCCCGGCUCCAACUCUAAUCCCAGUUACAGCACCUGCUCCCGCCCCUGCUGCUGCUCCAAGCCCCCAUCAACGUUUACCUGGUUGGCCUGCCCACCCCGGCUGGCCUUAUAACCCAGGACAGUCAGGGUGGCCUGGACAGAAUCCAUCUAUGACGCCUCUCCACUGGCUUCCACCUACAUCUGGAUCACUAAGUGUUCCAUACAACUGGAACCUGACCCGCGGGGUGUAUGACAAGAUGAUGCUGACCAUCCUGGGCAACGUGAAACCUAAUGCUAAAAUGUUCACAGUGAACCUCCUGAGGGGCAAUGACAUCGCCUUUCACAUCAACCCUCGCUUCAACGAAGGGGGCAAACAGGUGUUUGUCCGUAACCACAAACUGGGCGAGCACUGGGGAUCUGAAGAGAGGGACCUGAAGGCGCCCUUCCCUUUUGCUCCCGGGAGCCCGUUUGAGAUGAAGAUCCUGUGCACUCAGGAGGCGUUCAGGGUGGCGGUGAACAACAUCCCGUUGUUUGAGUUUCGACACCGCAUCAGGGAGCUGAACCGGGUCGACAGAAUCAACAUCCUGCAUGACGUCGUCCUCACCUACGUCAACAUCGAGACACUUCCAUAGAAAACUCGCUGUAACUAAUGUGCAUGUAUACGUAUACUAGCAACAACAAAUAUAGAUGCAUGAGUGCGUUGUAAAUGCAGCAAAAACACAUAUAUAGGACACACCCACACACGGGCAAUUAAUACAUUAAUUGUAAGGUAUUGUGAAAUGUGAAAUCACUAAAGCCUUCUCUUUUUAUAUCAUAGUGCUUAGAGAUUGAAUAAUUGUGUGUUUUUAAGAAUAUUAAUAAUCACAAGAGCUGAGCUCAUUCUAUAAAGUGCCACAAUUAAUUACACCGCUAACCAUUUAGUUCACAUAUAACUUUUCAUUAUAAAGAUGCUCCUGCUAUUUAUUGUGCACAAUUGUAUUAUUAAAUUGUCACUAAUAAGAGAAAAUAAAACAUGUCUCAAUUUUGUCUAAAGACCACAGGAUAUAUUAUGGUUCAGUUUUCUGUUAUUCUGUUUACUGUAAUUAUUCUUGGAUUAGAUUAUGGUGGAGAAAUAAACAAUCAAAUCC